UUGAAAAAAAUCCAAUUCUGAAAUUCUUUCUCACUCUCUGCAAACUUUUGAAGAAGAAAUGAAAGUUCCUGGGGGAAUUCUAUCGAGUAGGGUUUCAUCAUCUUCAACCACAACAACUACUACUUCAGCAUUCCCCAAGUUGUUUCUUCACCGCCACAGCCGCAGUAAAAGUGCCAAUACCGCUGCUAAUUUCAGAUGCUCAUAUUCAGCAGCAACUUCUGAUCACAUAUCAUACAUUAAAGAUGUAGCUGCAACGCGACCACCAGAACAUCUCAAUUCUUUGUUGAAUAUGCUUCAAUCUAAAGGUGAAACCAUUGUCUCUCCUGGAGCAAGAAAAGGGUUAAUCCCUCUUGCUAUUCCACUAUCAAAAAGCCAGUCAGGCACUAUCACUGCAUUGUUGAGAUGGCCAACAGCUCCACCGGGGAUGGAGAUGCCAGUUGUGGAAGUCCGUCAGUACGGGGUGUGGCUUUUAGCCAAGAAUGUAGAUCAAUACAUUCAUAGAAUUUUGGCCGAGGCAGAUGCCAACAACCCUGCAGACAGUAGCAAUGAGCUAUUUGAUGCUUCAUCUGAGGCUGGUAGAAAGCUUUAUAGGAGGGGUGACUUUUCUGAAUCUAAGCUUCCAAAUCUUGAUGUCUACCUUUUGAAGAAGGUUGGCAUGUUCCCGGACAUAUUAGAACGUAAAGUGAUGCAACAUUUUGAGAAAGGCGACCAUGUUUCAGCGAUGGUGACUGGGGAGUUUUAUACGAACAAGGAGCAUUUUCCUGGUUUUGGACGGCCUUUUGUGUUUAAUGCAGAGGUUUUGCUAAAGGUUGGGCGUAACUUAGAAGCAAAGGAUGCUGCAAGAGGAGCACUAAAAUCACCAUGGUGGACGUUGGGAUGCAGAUACCAGGAAGUUGCUGAGAUUGCAGAAUGGGAAGACGAACAAAUUGAGUUCAUAAAGGAGAAGGUGUCAGAACAGGGAAAACAAGAAGAUCUCCAGAAGGGAAAGGCCCCAGCACAGGUGUCCUUGGAUGAAGCUGCAUUUUUAUUGGACUUAGCCUCCAUAGAUGGAACCUGGUCAGACUUUGAGCAGCGAAUUGCUGAAUGCUACGAGGAAGCUGGACUUCAUGACAUAUCAAAAUUUGUUUUGCACAGAGAUUGAGGCUUGAAGAGAAGUGGGUUUUGCAUUACUUUAUUGCUGAUAUAGUGAUGAAAUAUAUAUAGCUUAUCAGCUUUCACAAAAAUCUUUUAGAUUGUUUUAUAUCCCAGAAGUUAAUCACCAGAAAAAAUGUGACGGAAUUUUGUCUUCUUUAUCUUCAUGACAUUGAUAUUAAAAUUUUAUUUUUGAAUAUAUUUUACCCUUUCUACUGUAAUACAGUAACUUGAGAAGAGCUGUUUUAGGCUUUAGUAUACCUUUAGAGGAUACAUAUGAAAAGGUUAGUUGCACAUCCUGUAACCAAUAUUUGAAACUUUAAAAUGAAUGCAAUCCAUCACACAAGUAUGAGCUCA